ACGACACGUCAUUGCCGUGGCCCAGCGCUAGUUUCCAGAAGCAGCCGCGAGCUUCCACCGCCUUCUUCCCGUGCAUUUUCUCGAGCGACGGAGCGAUCCGUUCGGGCCGUCCACCACAGCGAGAGAGAGCGGCAGAGGCGCAGAGCGCAACCGAGCGAGAGAGAGAGGACGGCGACGGCGGAGAUGAUGGGGUGGGGAGAGGAGGUGGUGGCUCUGUCCCUGCGAGGCUACGGCUAUGGCAACGAGGAGGACGACCGGCCGGAGAAGCCGCGGCGGUACGGGGUGACGGAGAUGCGGAGCCCCUUCUACUCCUUCCGCCCCGCAAACCAGGCGCUCCAGGAAAUAUUGGAUUCUCUUAGUCCAUUCGUUGAUGGUUUGAAGUUCUCUGGCGGAUGCCAUAGUUUGAUGGGAAAGGAGUUGGUUAGAGAGAUCACUGAUCUAGCACACAGGCAUGACAUUUAUGUGAGCACAGGUGAUUGGGCAGAGCAUUUGCUGCGCCAAGGACCCUCUUCUUUCAAGCAAUAUGUAGAGGAAUGCAAGGCCUUAGGGUUUGACACAAUUGAGCUGAAUGCUGGGUCUCUCAACCUCCCUGAAGAGGCUCUGUUGAGACUAGUCCGCCUCAUCAAGAGUAGUGGUUUAAGGGCAAAGCCAAUGUUUUCGGUGAAGUUUGACAGUUCUGAUAUUCCUGCGUCUGGUGAUAGGGCCUUUGGGGCUUACAUAGCUCCAGUCAAAGGGAAGACCUCAGAAAGAGUUGAAGAUGUUGACCUGCUGAUUAGGAGGGCAGAGAGAUGCUUGGAAGCAGGCGCUGAUAUGAUCAUGAUCGAUGCUGAUGAUGUUUGCCAGCGUGCUGAAUCUCUGAGGACAGACAUCAUCGCCAAGAUUGUAGGCCGGCUCGGGCUUGAUAAAACCAUGUUUGAAGCUUCCAACUCCAACACCUCGGAGUGGUUCGUCAGACGUUAUGGCCCAAGGGUAAAUCUCUUUGUUGAACACUCUGACGUGAUGAAUCUGGAGCGCCUCCGGGGCUUCAACAUGCGCAGAAGCAACUCGGCCUCCCGUUUUGCCUCGCCGUUCUUCCUGAUCUAAUGGGCUAAUGGCCAUUCCCCUUCCUGAGAUGUGUAAGAUACUUCUACAUGUUCUCACCCUCGCAGAGCUUGUUAUGGCCUAGAGAUGUAACCGCCUUUGUUAAUGCCUCGAUGUAGCCCCCAGCGAGCAGCGCAUAGCACCUGUUAUGUUGUCAGCGUCGCUACUGAUAAUCGGUUCUGUUGGUCAAUGCUACUAUAAUAAUCGGUUGUGGUGCAAGUAAUGUGAAUAGUGUAAGAGUGUUUUGUGUU